GUGUAAAAUCUCCCCUCUCGGAUCCUUUCCCAGCGUUACCGGGCAGGCGAGAGAGUGUCGAGACCCGGGCGCCCCCACAAACCUGCCUCCAUCCAUUCAAAGCCCUCUCCGGCACUGCGCCGCUCCCUCGAUCCGCCCCCAAUCCAGCUCUGCUCCCCUUUCCAAACCGCCACCUUCCACCCCCCCCCUCAUCUCUUGCCUCCGGCUGCAGAGAACUCCCUCUCCAUCGCCGCCGCGCGCGCGCUUCCCUCCCCGCCAGUCAUCUUCCCGGGAAUUAUUAUUAGUAUUACCUGGCCAGGCUAAGCGCACCGUGAUUACCAGAGGCUCGGGUUGAUUUAUGUGUCAUAAACAGCCCGAGCGCUCCUCAGUCUCUCCUUGCCUCUUCCCAGCCUCUCUCCACGGGAGAAAGUUAUCCCAGCGUGGGAGACCCAUUGAUCUAGCCAACUUUCUCCGUUUGCUUGCUGGAUCCCUCUCAUCUGGGCACAUGGAAUGAUGUGGCGCUUAUUCUAGGCUUUCCUCGCGGAGCUGCCUGUUUUAUUUUUAUUUUUUACAAAGCUAGAUGUGUGUUAUAGUGUACAGUAUAGCGAGGAAGAGCGAGCCCUUUUUAUCAGCCCCCUCUCUCUCCACCCCUGCCUCCCUCCCUCCCUCCCUCUCCCCCUCCCUCCUUUUCCCUCUCUCCCUCUCACUCUGUCUAAUGUGCGAGCUGGAAAGCUUAUAAAAGCCUGAUGUAAUCCUUAAUGCAGCCUCUGGCUACAUAGACCGAGUCUAGUUACAACCGAAAGAACCAGGAGAAGGAGACCAGGAUCCAAGAGCAGGAAGCGCAAGAGAUCCUGGGAGGAAUUAAAAAGAGGGUUUCAGAGGCACCGGAUGGAUUUUGGCCUCCCCGGGAAAGAAGACUUUGGGGGGAGGAAAGCAGCACCCCAAAAGCUCUCAGCUGUUCCAAGAAGACUGCCUUCUCUCCUGGUGGAUCUAAUCCCGCCUUGGGUUCCUUUCUUCCGUCUCCAAAGUGGGCUUUGAGAUUCUCCCAUCGCUCAGGAUUCCUGCGCCCUUUAUCACCGCCGUCGCCGGUCAUUAUUAGCGAUCAUAUUUCAUUUCCAGUUAUUUUCUUUUUUGUACCCCAAUACCAAAGGGGGUGUGAGAGAGUGAGUGUGUGUCUGUGUGCACUUUAAAUUUGGAGCAAAGUUUGGUGUGUGUGUGUGUGUGUGUUUAAGAGUGGGUUGGAAGGGGGGGAAGCAAAACGACACCCCCCCUCUCCCCGAAAUCCUUUUUUGACUCAUUAGCCAAUGGCCAUUUUCUUACUUCUGGAUAUGUGGAUGCUUCCCAUUUGGAAUUUGAUCCGGCUGGGGGAAACGGUAUAAUUUCGUGGAUGGUCUAGAAAGGUCUUGCUUGCCUCGGCCACAAGGAGGAGCCCGAAUCCAAACAUGGGACGGCUGGAUUGAUCUCAUGUAGAGCCCGGGGCGAGAACUCUCUCAUUUCCUCCUGUUAUGUCCAAGAUCUGCCUUCUGCCUGGCCAUUGCUUUGAGUUCCAAAGGACGAGGGACCUAGGAUGAGGAGGAGCACUGGAUAUACCUUGAACCUGCUUUUGUUAUUGCCACUUUUCUUUGUGUGGACCGUAGUGGCGCUCGACCUUGGGCAGUCUCCGUGCACCACUCUGGUCCAGGGCAAGUUCUUUGGCUAUUUCUCCUCGUUUGCCGUCUUCCCGUUGAACUCUUCCCGCUGCUCUUGGAUUAUCCAGAACCCUGACCCCAGGAGGUACACCUUGUACAUGAAGGUCUUGAAGCCCACCGGUGGAUGUGACCACCAGCAGAUACGGACCUACCAGUUUGACUCCUUCUUGGAGUCCACGAGGACGUACUUGGGCAUGGAGAGCUUUGACGAUGUGCUGAACCUCUGCGACAGCUCCACCCGCUAUGCCUUCCUCCAGUCCAGCAAGCAGUUCCUCCAAAUGAAGCAGACCGCCUCCGCUUUAGAAAGCGGGCACGUCCGGUGGAAGCCGGCCAAGAUCCAGGAAAGGGAUUUCUCGGUGGAAUACCUGGUGGUCGGCAACAGAAGCCCCAGCAAGGCUGCCUGCCAGAUGCUGUGCAAAUGGUUGGAUACUUGCUUGACCACCAGCAGCAGCUCCCACCCCUGUGGCAUAAUGCAGACCCCCUGCGCUUGCUCCAGCGGAGAGGUGCUAGACCAGCCCAGUGAUAUCCUGGGCUUCACCAAAAAGAGGGACGAUUGUUUCAAAGAUGGGAUUUACUUGGAGAAUUGUGUGAGCAGCCCAAAGGACAGCAGUGGGCUGGAUUUCUUGGGUGGUUGGAAUCCAUGGUCACUGUGGGGAGAAUGCACCCGGGACUGUGGAGGAGGCCUGCAGACUCGCACCCGGACCUGCCAGCCCCUUCCGGACGAUGGCAUCAUCUGCGAGGGAGUCUUAGAAGAAGGCCGGCUGUGCAACAGGAAAGCUUGCAACCCCAAUGGACACUACAAUUCCCGAAGCCAGUCAUUGAGGUCCACAGAUAACCGGAAGAGAGAUGAUGUUGACGACAUGCAACAGUAUGGGUACCCUGCGCCUCAAAUAGGUGAUCCAGCUGCUGAGGAAUGGUCCCCAUGGAGCGUGUGUUCGACCACCUGCGGGGAGGGCUGGCAGACUAGGACGAGGUUCUGUGUGUCGUAUUCCUACAGCACCCAAUGCAGUGGGCCCCUCCGGGAGCAGCGGCAGUGCAACAACUCCGCCGUCUGUCCAGUCCAUGGGACAUGGGACGAGUGGUCUCCGUGGAGCCUGUGCUCAUCGACCUGUGGCCGAGGGUACAGGGAUCGCACACGGACCUGCAAACCUCCUCAGUUUGGCGGCAACCCUUGCGAAGGACCCGAAAAGCAAACCAAGUUCUGCAACAUCGCACUUUGCCCCGGUCACUCAGUGGACGGCAACUGGAAUGAAUGGUCGAGCUGGAGCUCCUGUUCCACCAGCUGCUCCAACGGCACCCAGCAGCGGACGAGAGAGUGCAAUGGGCCGUCGUACGGGGGAGCCGAAUGCCAAGGACACUGGGUAGAGAGCCGAGACUGCUUCCUAAGACAGUGCCCAGUGGAUGGGAAGUGGCAAGUGUGGGGCCCGUGGGGGAGCUGUACCGCCACUUGUGGAGGUGGAACUCAGAAACGCGACCGUGUCUGCUACGGCCCUUUCUAUGGAGGAGACGCAUGUCAAGGACCCAAAGAGGAGUACAAGCAAUGCAACGAGAAGAGAUGUCCAGAGCCCCAUGAAAUCUGUGAUGAAGAUAACUUUGCUUCUGUGAUUUGGAAGGAGACUCCAGGAGGAGAAUCUGCAGCUGUUCGAUGUCCCCGGAACGCCACAGGGCUGAUCUUACGCCGGUGCAUGCUGGAUGAAGAGGGCAUUGCCUAUUGGACCCUUCCAACAUAUGUCAAGUGUGUUUCCAUCGACUACAGGAACAUCCAGAUGAUGACAAGAGAUCAUCUUUCAAAAGCCCAACGGGGUUUGAUAGGGGAAGGCGUGUCGGGUGUGUUGCAAAACCUGGUGGAGAUUUCUCAGGAUGGGACCAGCUACAGUGGGGAUCUGCUCUCGACCAUCGACGUACUCAGGAAUAUGACCGAGAUCUUCCGAAGAGCUUAUUACAGCCCCACUACUGGUGACAUACAGAACUUUGUCCAGAUAAUUAGCAACAUCCUGACAGAAGACAACCGAGACAAGUGGGAAGAGGCUCAGCUGAUGGGACCGAAUGUCAAGGAACUUUUCAGGCUGGUGGAGGACUUCAUUGAUGUCAUAGGAUUUCGUAUGAAGGACUUCCAGGAUUCCUAUCAAGUGACUGAAAACCUGGUCCUCAGCAUCCAGAAGUUCCCUGCCAACGCAGCCAAAGACAUUAGCUUCCCUAUGAAAGGCUGGCGGGGCAUGGUGGAUUGGGCCCGCAGUGCAGAGGACAAGGUCACUGUUUCCAAAAGCAUCCUGUCCACGGGGGUUUCAGAGACAGAUGACUCCGCUGUCUUCGUGGUGGGGACAGUCCUGUACCGAAACCUGGGUGGGAUCCUCUCCCUUCAGAGAAAUACAACAGUUCUGAAUUCCAGAGUCAUCUCUGUGACUGUGAAACCAGCUCCCCGCUCACUGCUCACCCCAAUGGAAAUUGAGUUCUCCCAUUUGUACAAUGGAACUACCAACCAGACCUGCAUCCUAUGGGAGGAAACUGAUGUACCCUCCUCCUCCUCCUCCUCCUCUUCGUCUCAGCUUGGCGCCUGGUCCUGGCGUGGCUGCCGAACAGUCCCGGUCGAUCCUUUCCGAACUAAAUGCCUGUGUGACAGAAUCUCCACCUUCGCCAUCUUAGCCCAGCUGAGUGCCGAAAUGAACACAGAAAAAGUGCUCGUCCCUUCGGUCACGUUAAUCGUAGGCUGUGGAGUGUCUUCCUUGACUCUCUUGCUUUUGAUAAUCAUAUACAUCUCAGUCUGGAGGUACAUCCGUUCCGAACGUUCCGUCAUCCUUAUCAACUUCUGCCUCUCCAUCAUAUCUUCCAACGCUCUCAUCCUGAUUGGGCAAACCCAGACCCGGAAUAAGGUGAUAUGCACCUUGGUGGCUGCCUUCCUUCACUUUUUCUUCCUUUCUUCCUUCUGCUGGGUGCUGACCGAAGCCUGGCAAUCUUACAUGGCUGUGACGGGCAGGCUGCGAAACCGCAUCAUCCGCAAACGCUUCCUGUGUCUUGGAUGGGGCCUACCUGCCUUAGUGGUGGCCAUCUCUGUGGGAUUCACGAAAGCCAAGGGGUACGGCACAAUGAACUAUUGUUGGCUUUCUUUGGAAGGCGGUCUCCUUUAUGCCUUCGUGGGACCAGCAGCGGCUGUCGUUUUGGUGAACAUGGUUAUUGGUAUUCUGGUAUUUAACAAACUUGUAUCGAAAGAUGGAAUAACAGAUAAGAAACUGAAGGAACGGGCAGGUCAGAUGGCAGUGCCUCUUUACGGCAUCACGCUCAAAUGUUCCAAGUGUGGAGUACUAUCUUCUGCUGACGUUUCCGCCACAGCCACCAGUAACGCCAUGGCAUCGCUGUGGAGCUCCUGUGUGGUCCUACCACUCCUCGCCCUCACCUGGAUGUCAGCAGUGCUGGCCAUCACAGACCGCCGGUCAGCCCUCUUCCAAAUUCUUUUCGCAGUCUUCGACUCCUUGGAAGGCUUUGUCAUUGUGAUGGUCCACUGCAUCCUGAGAAGAGAGGUGCAGGAUGCUGUGAAAUGCCGAGUGGUGGACCGCCAGGAAGAAGGAAAUGGAGAUUCUGGGGGGUCGUUUCAGAACGGACAUGCUCAGCUCAUGACUGAUUUCGAGAAAGACGUGGAUAUGGCUUGUAGAUCAGUGCUAAACAAAGACAUCAGCACUUGCCGCACCAUGACCAUCACGGGGACUCUGAAACGCCCGUCCCUGCAGGAUGAGGAGAAGCUGAAGCUGAACCACCAGAAGGGAUCGUCCAAUUUCAACAGUCUUCCAGCCAACGUCUCCAAGAUGCACCUCCAAGGCUCCCCGCACUACCUGGGCGCCAUCAACCUCAACGACUUCAGCAAUCACACCCUCACUCUGAAGAAGGACAAGAGCCAGCCCCCCAAGUCCAUCUACAUCUGUGAUGGGGACAUCUUCAAGAAGCUGGACUCAGAGCUCUCUCGGGCGCAGGACCAAGCCAUAGACACCAGCUACGUCAUCCUGCCCUCCAACACCGCCACCUUGAGGCCGAAGCCUCCGCCGCCUCCGCCGCCCCCCAAAGACGAUACAAAAUACAGCAUCAACAUUGACCAGAUGCCCCAGACGAGGCUCAUCCACCUCAGUAUGGCCACUGACCCAGGUUUCGUUGUCAAGAGCCCUCCAAGGGAGCCUGUGGUCAUGGGGUGUGGGGAGGCUCAGGCUUCGCCAAUGUUGCAGCAGCAGCAGCAGCAGCAGCACCAGCUGUCACCUCCGAUGGUUAACAAGUCUGGUGACUCACAGAUGCCAAACAGCUUGUGUGACACGGGCGAGUCUGGCAACUCUGGCUUGGUGUCCAAGAGUGAGACGGUUUCCACCCUUUCCAUGAGCUCCCUUGAGAGACGGAAAUCCCGGUAUGCAGAGCUAGAUUUUGAGAAAAUCAUGCACACGAGAAAACGUCACCAAGACAUGUUCCAGGACUUGAACCGAAAGCUGCAGCAUGCAGAGAAAGAGAAGGAGUCUCCAACAGCAGACAGCAAGGCUAUAAAACGAUGGAGUGUUUCUUCGGGUGGAAGUGAUAAAACUAACGCUAGCCAAGAAAAACAGCAGACACCAAACAAGAGACCCUGGGAAGGGAUCCGGAAGGUCCACUCCCCGCCAGCGUGGGUUAAAAAGGACAUGGAGAUGGUGUCACAGUCUCCCUUGGAACUCAAAACUGUUGAGUGGGAAAAGGCGGGUGCCACAAUCCCCCUGGUGGGACAGGACAUUAUCGACCUCCAGACAGAGGUCUGAGGAGGGAAAAAAGCAAGAAGAAAGACUCUUUGGGUGUCCUUUUCCCCCCACCCUGGAAAACAAAACACAAAAUACAAACAGAUAAAGAUUUUUUAAAAUAAUAAUAAUAAAAACAGAACCAAUCAAACGGAAUUGAAAUGGAGCAAGAGAGCAAUGUCUGUUGGUUUCUUUUCGAAACCUUUCAGUUAAAAGGAAACAUAAUAUGGAGUAACCUUUGUAUUGUUCUCGAGAGACAGAGUUGGGUGGGGAAAACUAUUACUUUGUAGAACAUAGUAGCAGUAGGUACGGAACGCAAUACGGUCUUUCCCAGGUAAGGAAGAUGGCCGGGGGUGGGUGGGGGAAGAGAGAAGGCCACGGCGAAGGGAAGGGAAUGAUGAAAUAAUAAGGGGAAAUGGUGGAUUAGAGGUUGUUGUUUUCUUUUUUAAAAAUGACAUCGGCCUCAGCGGCAAAAGGAUUAACGGAGGAUCUUUACCAAGAGGAUGCCGCUAGGCGUGCUGCCACAAUGGAUGUCUGGAAUGGAAACUCAGGAGGCGCUUGACUGAGCAUUGGGUACCCACAGUUCCACUGGACACAUCCUGUGACCCAUUGUCUCUUCUAGAGGUGGAGGGAGAGGAACUUGCCCAUCUCCCUUCUGUCUCCCCACAGGCACCAGAACGUCAUCGGGAACAGAGAUCCCCCUCAACCGGGAAGAGGCCUCCUCAUCAGAAAGUUGGGAUUUCUCCAGCAGUCCUCUGGGAGCUAGCUCAGAGGAUGGCUAAUUGGGGCAGGGAAGUUGGAUGGAAGAGGGAGUCCUGGUGGUGGCGGUGGACAUCUCCUUCCAUACUGGAUUUUCUGAACUCUCCGUAAAAAACAAUAACAAUAAAAAGUGUGAUGUAUGGACAAUGAACAGAUCUCCACUUAAGACAAUUGAGAUCCACUCAACUGGUUUCCAGACCAAAAAAAGAGAGAAAAGAACCUUGAUUGGGAAGGGGAGGUUUUUUAAAAAACAAAACAAAAAAAGCAAACAAACAAUGAACAAACAAGAAUGUAGGUCAUAUGUUAACUGCUAGUAGACCCUAGGCAAGCUCAUUGUGGGCCUUUGUACAAAGGUUCAUGUGUGGCCUCAUUUCCCCCCCUCGUUGCUUUCGAAAGACUGGACAACAUCUUUCCUCCUGUCUGCUUUCUCAAGUGGACGGUCCCCGGUUAAGAGACAUGGAAAAGUUGAGAACAUAUGGAGAACAUUGCCUUAGGGACUUUGAGUCAAACUGGAAAAAAAAAUUGAGUAAAAUCCACUUGGGAAAAAAAAUCUAUUUUUUUUCUUCUUUUUCUUUUCUUCAAUAAAAAGAGAACUUGAAACCCAA